AUGGGGAUGCUUCCAAGAGAGAUGAUCCCAAGUCUUGGACUUGCUCGAAGAAGCCUCGAUGCUUUUCGAGGUAAUGAAACACCAACUGAAGAGUUCAAAAUGCCAGUAUGGAGUGUCGUGAUGAUUGGAAGUACUCUUGUUGCAUUCUUGCUCAUGGAUUUUUUGAUUGAAUAUACCUUCUCCAGACUCAUUCCUACUCUUGUUAUGGUCGAAUCUCCUCAAGCAAUUCUAUUCGAACCUCUCGCAUCUGAAGAUCCCGAUACGAAAUCCGAUCUUAAAGGAGAAGUUGAACCGGAACUCUUACUCGUCAAGCAACAACCCAUUACUUCAAGCUUUAAAUCAACGAUCAGACAUCUUCGAGCCCGCGCCGGAUGUAAAAGCCCUUUCCGUGGUGUUGGAAUGCACUUUGUUAAGACCUUUGUGCUUCAUCUACAAAUGAACUUCCUUUCUAUCUUCCUCCCUAGGAUCUUCGCCCUUCCUCUUGCGACUAUCCUUUGCGCACCUUUCAGUUUGGCAUGGACGCACAUUGUUAUCUCGGAACCUAGCCCACUUCCAUGGUACAAGAGAAUGCCAGACAUCACAACUAUUAAGAAGGUUAUUCCAGCAACAGCUAUCUAUGCUCUCGCCAGAGAAGCCGUUUUCUUCCUCCCAGGUUACCUCGCUCUUUCUUACGGUCUCUUCCAAACUGACCCAUCAACUAUGACCCCGGAACAAAUCAGAACCAUGGGCCUACAAACCGCUUCCGUCGUUAUUCUAACCGCUGCGCUUGCCUUCCUUGUUCUCAUUCCAGCAAGUGUCACCCUUACUCGUGUUCAAGCUUCUCUUCUCGCCGAAAACGAGGAAUCUAUCGUCCCAUUUGAUCGUACAUUUGGUGGACGUGUUUCCGAAGAUGGUGUUUUGGGCGCCCUUGAUGCAUGGAAAACUUUUGAUUGGAACUCUCGUGUUAGAUUGUUAAAGGCAUAUGUUAAGGCUGCUGCCAUGGAAAUUGCUGUCAUAACUCUCUUCGCUACUUUCUUGUGCGCACAACUUAUGUUAGUUCUUGGUACCGAACACAAGACGGUCAUCGUUGGAAAAGACUGUCACGGAAAACCUAUCCAAUUUGAUAUGUAG